AUUAAGGCAUUUUCUCGUUACCUACCAUCGAUAACUCCAUUCUUCCUUCUUUCUCCAUGUCAUUUAUAUGCAAAUAUAUAUUCAUAUUUAUAUAUACGUUCCUUAGCUGAAACCACCACACACAACAAUAUUCAUUUUGUGACUAGAAUUAAUUAAACUAGCCAUUUAGCAUUCUAUGUACCUAUACUCUCUUUGCAAAUACAGCCCUUUCGUUGUUGUCAUCUGGGUAAGGGCAUUUAAGGAGUGGCGGUGUUGUAAAGCACUCACAUUUGGAAAAUUACAUGGUGAUGAGGUUUUCCAGAUCAGGGAUUUGAAAACUGCCCUCUUGAAUCCACUGCAGAAAAAAGGGGAAAAAAAAGAAGUUGCAUUUAUGAGUGCCAUGAGCUCAAAUGAAUUUUGUCUCAGAACUUCUAUAUUGGUUUAAUGAAAAACAGGUUGUUUGACAUCCUAAAAUAUGGCUUCUAAUCUGAAUGCGGAACUCUCUAAGAAUACUGUCAUUUUUGGUCUCAAGGUCUGGGAAGUUAUUGGGAUUAUUGUUGGGUUAUUGAUUGUGUUUAUCCUCUUUGUAUUGACAUAUUAUCUUACAUCACGAAAGAAAUAUAAAACUCAAGAAAAACUUCCCCUUAGCCAAAUACCAAGCGUUUCGAAGGAAAUUAAAGAAGUACGAGUGGAACAAGUAUCGACUAAUGAAUUUGUUCCACGUGAUGGGAUUCUUCUCACCGUUCAUGAUAAAUCCAGCAAUAAAGAAUCAGACAAGGUUUUGGUCCAUCUAGGAAUGCCAAAAAGAAAUAAUGGAGAUAACAGUAGUCAAUCAGGUUCAUUUAAUAAUGUCGAUAAAGAUUAUUAUGGAUCACAAUCAGGUGAGGAAGGGAGUUCUGGAACAUUUGGUGCAUAUAGAUCUUAUUCUUCGCAUCAGAUAACUGCUUCUUCUCCAUUAUUGGGUCUGCCAGAAGCAGCUCACUUGGGCUGGGGUCACUGGUUUACACUUAGAGAUCUGGAACUUGCUACGAACAGAUUUUCUAAGGAGAAUGUUAUUGGGGAAGGAGGAUAUGGCGUUGUUUAUCAAGGACAGUUGAUUAAUGGUGCUCCAGUGGCUGUAAAAAAACUCCUCAACAACCUGGGUCAAGCGGAGAAAGAAUUUCGAGUGGAGGUCGAAGCUAUUGGCCAUGUACGCCACAAAAAUUUGGUUCGGCUUCUUGGGUAUUGUAUUGAAGGAACUCAUAGGAUGCUUGUGUAUGAGUUUGUCAACAAUGGCAACUUAGAACAGUGGCUUCAUGGGGCUAUGCGCCAGCAUGGAAGCCUUACGUGGGAGGCCAGGAUGAAGGUUCUCCUUGGCACAGCUAAGGCCCUUGCCUACUUGCAUGAAGCUAUUGAACCAAAAGUGGUUCACCGAGACAUAAAGUCGAGCAAUAUAUUGAUUGAUGAUGACUUCAAUGCCAAGGUUUCUGAUUUUGGUCUGGCUAAGCUACUUGGUGCUGGGACAAGUCAUAUCACAACUCGAGUCAUGGGUACCUUUGGAUAUGUGGCUCCUGAAUAUGCAAAUACUGGCCUUUUGAAUGAAAAGAGUGAUGUCUAUAGCUUUGGAGUUGUACUGUUAGAAGCAAUUACUGGAAGAGAUCCAGUUGACUAUGGCCGCCCUGCUCAAGAGGUAAAUCUAGUCGAUUGGCUGAAAAUGAUGGUUGGAAGCAGGCGUUCUGAGGAAGUGGUAGAUCCAUGCAUGGACACAAGGCCGUCAACGAGAGCCCUCAAAAGAGCCCUAUUGACUGUUUUGAGAUGUGUUGAUCCAGAUUCCAACAAGAGGCCUAAGAUGAGCCAAGUUGUCCAAAUGCUUGAAUCAGAAGAAUAUCCAAUACCAAGAGAGGAUCGAAAGCACAGAAGAACUCGAGCCGGUAGUGCAGAGAUGGAUUCGCAGCAGAACUAUGACACUGAUAAAAGUGACAACCAAGAUCCAAGGUCAAAUACGAAAGACGUCUUUUCGUGAGGAUCUUGAAUCAUUUGGCAAAAAUUUCAAUAUGUAAAGUGCUAUUUUCCCAAGAAGGUGCUAAUCUAAAAGCUCGUGUUUGAAGAGGGUAUAGUAGACAUGGGAGGGAAGAAAUUUAUCUUUUCAAAUUUA